AUGAGUGACAUGCCACGCGACAGGGAUAGCUGGAGCAGGGGAACAGAACGGAAUUUGCCGUUCAUCGAUGAGCAGGUCCUCUUGCUGCGGCCGCCUUGCGGCCCGCCGUCGUUCGCCUUGUCACUAACCGGCCUGAUAUCCCUUCGGUCGAGCGUGCUACAAUUCCAGGAAGAAAUUAGCAGGACCUAUUAUGCCAUAAGCUCCAGCGGCUCGGCCAGGCAUAUCUGGGAAUGCUGGCAUGGGGACAGUGAUCUGAACCAAGAGAACACGCUUGAAAAUAAAUUCCCAGGCGACAAGGCUUACGCCGUCGAUGCCGGGACGUGUAAACCUGGGUAUCCCAACGGACUUAGUCAGCUAUACGCGGGAACGGGGGAAUCCAGGAAUUUGGGUGGAGGACUGCCCGAUGAAACAAAAAUGGUUGACCUUAAAAGGACCAAGUUAUGUGUCCCUGUUGGGAACACGUCUGAGCCUAGCUUAUAUAGUAUCCACAUCACAGCCACCAGCAGAUCGGACCUUCUUAGUCAUACGGUCUCAACACUCCCAAUCGAGCUGCUGUUGGACUUGAUGUGCACGUCUGUCGAGUCUCGUUAA